UUUGUUUGACUAAGACUUGUGCUUUAUUACGGUUUCGUUGCUGAGAAACUGGUAAUAUAAACAACUCGAUUUCCUUGGAAAAUGAGGAAUAGAUAAAAUAUAUUCCUAAAAACAUUUGAGCCAAGAGAUCCAUCACAAUGUUGGAGAUAUCGGAGCUAUACAAGGUGGCUGGGUCCAAGAAGGUCCAGGAGAUGGAGAAGGAGCUGUCUAUUGACCUUGAGGACCUCAAAAAGGACAUUGAGGAUAAUAUAGUGGACCACAUACCAGUCAAAAUGAUCAGCUCGAUUCCAAUGCCCAAAGACGUGUCCUAUUUCCGUAGGGAGAGAAAACUGGUCAUUGAUCGUCUGCUGCAGGUCAGUGAAGCCCAGCCAUUGAAAAUACAAUCAGAGGUCAUGAAAGAAGAGAUGAUGUCAGCUGAGGAAAAUGAAUACACAUCCAAGAGUCUGCCACUUCUGUUACACCAGCACUAUGUAGAGAAGAUCUACCAGCUGGUCCAGUGUAAACACCUGCACAUGCUGAGGUGGAAGAGGUUCUGUGAACACACCAGUACCAUCGAAUCUCUGUACCCCCUGUAUACAAAGAGACUCAAUCAGAUAAUGGCUGAGUAUCACGACAGUGUCCAGCGAGCUCACAGACUGAGUCUGGCUCGGGAGGACCUUCUGUGUGGUACAGAACAGGUGGUCAAUGAGGUCAAAAUUGAGGACAUUCUCAUCUACCUCAGGUGGCUGGUCUGCCAUUUCCAUUCCAUGAAGCGAAUCAAUCACUAUCUCAGGGUGCUGAAAUGGCUACCUCUAACCCAUAAAGCUGAGACGGCUCCCCCCGAGAAAGAAAGGGAUGACAUGGAGGAGGGAACCACUGCCUCAAAGAUGGCCUCUCGAUAUGGAGAUGAUCCUCUUGGGGGACUGUUUCAGCGACCAAAGUCGGGGAUAUCUCGACCUAGUUCAGCAGUGUCUGUGCAGGCCACUGGACCAAUUCCCACAGCCCCACCCAUUAACCCCAGCAUCCUGACUACCAACCCACUUCCCUCCUCUGUGUUUACCAUGGCUGCUGCUGCUACCAGUGGAGGUAUAGCAACAGAUGAAUCUACACAUGGACUGCCUUUAAAUGCUGUAGACUUUGAAACUCUCAAACCUCAUCUCAGCUUUUUACUCAACAUUUAUGGCAUCAACUAUGACUUGAAUUCCAUCCAUAAUUCUGCUGACGAAAUGGAGAUGUACGCAGCUGUGAACAGGAAGUUCCAGUCAAUCUUUAACAGACAGGAAAUCAUGAAAACAUUCAAGACCUACGACAGACUAGAGCCCGGACAGCAGGGAUGGGGGUCAGACUCGCCCAUCCACUGUCUCAGACAGGAAAGUAACUGGAUCCCCUAUGUGACCCUCAAAGGUCAGAGCGACCCUCUGCAGGAGAAAAAGUGGACCAAUCUACGACACCGUAACAACGUGGAUGAAAUCAUGCGCUACAUGGAGUCGUUUACCGCCGUCAGUGAUCCCCAGAAAGUCCAGGAGACCCUGAGAGACCACGCAAGUAUGGUCCAACAUCCAUCAGAAGCCAUGGCUGCCUCAGUGACCACGCACCGCACACCAAAGGCCUACGACACCAAAAUGACGUGGAGGAAAAUCUAUUCCAACCCUGACCUUUACUCUGAUAACGACCUGGAUGACAAUCUCCAAGACGACGAGGAUAUAAGCGGGACAGGAAGUAAGUCAGCACGUGCUGUCAGUGCUCGGCGACGGAAAGACAGCUACGACUACAAAAGCACGGUGCAGAUGCUUGGUUUAGAUGAGGGGGAGCAGGAAAACCAGGACCCCGCCUCUCUUCAGGGGGCGUUUCUUGCCUUCCUUCACCUCCGGCACCUCAGGAUCCGGGACCUCCAGAGGACAGCGUUGAGUGUUUUCAACUACUUCCGUUCCAUAGAGAGAACUCUAACGAUCAAUGACGCUGGUCUGUCGGAAGAAGUGGGCGGCUACAAAAAAACAAGUCAACAGAAUCACAGAAGAGGUACUGAGCAUGAUGGGACAGUAGGAGGAGGGGGCGGUAUUGGUUACCAUGGUUAUAUGCACAACACACCAGCAGAUUUCAAAUUGAAUGAGUCUGAAUUCAUAGAGUUUUCUGAUAUUGAGAAUCAUGAUGACUUUUACACUGUGGAGGAGGGCCGAGUCCACGUACAGGAUCAAAGGGGCUACUACAUUGUGUAUGAUGCUGCAGAAAAUGACCUCAAAAAACUGGAGAAGGAGAUACUGCUAAUAGCCACACACUACAUAGAGAAGGACCGCGACAUGAGGAAAAAAUCCAAAGUCCAUAAAACCUCCGAGUCUGCCAGAAGGAGGCUGCAUUCUGGUCCCGGAGAUUUUGACAUUGGAGAAUACUCCCACCAGGAAGUGGAUAGAUUUGGAGUUCUCCUGGAUCUCUGGAACAACCUGACCUGUUUCAUGGAGUGUAAAAGAGAACUGUUAGACUGUUAUGUCGAGGCCUACCAGCAUGUGUUUGACAGAGAGGAGAAGCGAUCCAUGGCUCAGGUGAUGAUGAACCUCAUUUACAAGAAGCCUCGAUUUGACUUUGAUGCAGACUACUUCAUGAAGACGAUCCGAGCAGAGUGUGUCAUCCUUAGGCACACGACCACCCUCAUCAAAAACAUCAUGGACAAACAGAUAGAGGAGCAGAGAGAGUAUUUACAGAAGGUCUGUAGGGAGGGGGAGGAGUUUGGGCUUCCUCUGAGUGUGGUUCCCAAACAACCAAUCUCCAUCAACCUCAGCAGACCAGCUCUGAGGAACAUUUACAUGCUGGAGUUCCACCCGUCUCUGUCCAUUGCCAGCAGGGUUCCUGAAGCACUGAAGUAUGCUCUGCAGGAGUUGACCCAUGCUCACCAGCCCCAGUCCGUGUACAGUACGGUAAUGAUAGAGAAGCGUCUGCUGGAAGUGGCUUGUAAGGAGUGGGACCGGUCAGACAAACUGGACAACUAUUUCACCCAGCAAGUCCAGAAAGAUUUGUUUGCGGAGGUUUAUGUGGAGGACCCAAUCUUUAUGUGUAUGAUGGCCAAGACAAUGGUUGAUAAAAAAGAAGAGGAGGGAACCAGGAAAAGCCUCAGAGACCGACAGCUCAGCAUGAUGGACGCCGUCAACAGGUUAUUGGAGACUCUGACCUGUAGACAUCGUUUGAUUGAUGCUGCCUUGGAGACUGGAAUCCUGGCUGGAAUUUACAAGAAGCAGGCUACAGAGAUGGGCUUCAGUGACUACCACAUGUACAUCAGGGCCAUACAGUUUGAGUCGGCCUCCAUGAAAGACGAUGCUGGAAAGCCUCCUCCCAUCAGCAUGUCUGACGUACAAGAGGAUGACUCUGCUGUCUACAAAAUGAAUGUUGCCCUCCAGCAACCACUCUCCAUCAACGAACUGGACGAGGCUCAGAUUGGCAGAUUCAGCUUCAGGACAAGAGAGGCCAUGGAAGAUAUUGUACAAGGAAGUGGCCUUGAGAAUCUGAAGGUUAUUCUGCAAGUGCAGAUAGUUCAGAAGAAUGCCAUAACCAGUGCUGUUCUACAAGCCAAUGCUUGUGUACCUAUAGAGGAACCAGAUAUCCAUAAAAGUAGUGGCAGGGCCAGCCCGUCAGAGACCAAGUCAGAAAAGAGCUCGGUAACACAGAUGACCGGAUUUUCUGGGGGUACCGGAGGAUCCGCUUUGGGGGCUAAGUUGUCACAUGACCAGAGUCUGAGAUAUGUCAGGUCCCCUGAUGCCUUUGUCUCAAUACAGCUGGAAAAGACUCCAAGCAGAGAUCUUAUGCUGAAUGAUUUUGUGAAGAAAAGGAAUGAGAUGAGACAUGUUCUAAUGAAUCCCGAGGAGUCCAAGAAAGCUAAAAGGCAUCUGAUCAAGGAGUUCUGUUACCGCUUCAACCAGAGGAUGACCCAGUACAGUUUGAGGGGUCAGCUGAUAGCUUACUACAACAGUAUACUUAGACUACUGAAGGACUUCCCAAACAUCAGGAAAACGUACUUCACGAUUGGAGAUCCAAGUGAGAAAAAGCAAGGCAUGAACAGCUUGGAAGGCCUGACACCAGACCCAAAACAGGACAAGAAGAGACCCAGACAGUUGUUGACCAAUGAUGGACAGAACGUCCUGAAUCUGUGGUUUAUACCUCAUCACACGGAGGCACUGGUCAUGUUUAAAAACCUCUCAGAUGAAAAGAUUGUACGAGCCCUGUCCUUCUCUCUCUCCAUCAUCGCCUCAAUACAUGACAUGCUUCAGUACCUGUGUGCUCAUGCUCGGCUUGGCAGCUCACACGCUCGCCUGGGGUCUCGGCGGAUGGAAUUUGUCUCGGCUGACUGGGGAGGCACUGAGGGCAUAGGUGCGGAAUUACGCGAGAUACAAAAGCAGAUUGAAAACCUGCCCCACCCCACUGAUCCCCGCACCGUGGCAGACUUCCUGGCGAUGAGACGAGAUGUCAUGUUUCUGGAGUUUGACACUGCCGUCAGACAUUGCAUGAUGGAUACGUUUUUAUCUACGGGAAAUGUUCAGUCGUUCCAUUCCUUGAAGAACAACAUACACCACGCCCUGCCCAACCUGAGUAAUGUCCAGCGGCCCACUCUGCAAGCCAUGUGUCUGAGCGUGCCUGAACCUCUGGAACCUAGAGACUUCCAAGCUCGAGAAUUGUUUCCAUGGAGAUCUUUUCUAGGAAGGAACGGUCCCUACCCUCUGAUGUAUUACCAGUGGCACAUGACCGAGCACUACAUCCAGCUGUGUCUGUCGGGACUCAAAGAUGUUGACAGACAUGUUGCUAAUGGGGAGAUACUUGGAGUGAGUUUGCUGAUGGAGGACGUUCUGCAAACAGGCUAUCAGGACAUCUCGCAUCUCAGUGAUGCUGACGAUCUGGAAACAGCCAGAUCUGAGAAAAAAGACGGUUCACUAGCGCCCUCUAGAGGAGCGAGCAGGCUGGACAUACAGACCCCGACGGGCAGCAUAUCUUCCAAAGCAGAGGCCCCUAAGAGUCUGUCCAGAACCAAGGAGCCGGUGGAGGCGUACAAACUUCUCAAGUUCUUCCUGGUACUGUGGAAGUGUCUGGAACAUGCUAAGUAUGCAUGGGGGAAAAGAAAGCUCUUUGUAGAGGAGAUUGAUAAACCUUCCCUGUUCAAGGAGUACUGCAAAGUCUACAAAACUGAGGUGCUUUUACCAGUCCUACAAAGUGUUGCAAGGAGACUGGGUCAAGGUGAAUUGUAUGAGGGCAUUGCCAUGGAAACAGAUCCUCUUGUUAUGCCUAAAGGUGCUUCUGAGAUUGAAAUCAGGUCAAAACAGCUUGUGAAGCUGCUGGAGACACUGGAGUGUCACAUGAUCACAGAAAUUGGUAAAAAGAUAGACAAAGAAGCAACGCUAGCAACCGCUGAAAGAGUUCGAGUGGAAAGCAACCUAGCAACAGAUCUGUGGAAAAGACCAGUAAUGAAAGAGAGCUUCACCAUUGUAAAACCGCUGAUCGCUGAAGAUUUUGUCACCAAACUGAAGAAGAAAAUGAAUGAGACAGAGAAUGGUGAAUUUGUUAUUAAGCAUGAUGACUUAAAUGAGUGUGUUGGGGAGCUGGCUAGGAAUAUUAUGACUAGAGAGAGGCACAGCUUUGACAGCUACACCAUGUAUUAUGAAAAUCUCCUGAGAGUUCAUCACACUCUGCUCUACACAAAAGAACAGGAAGUGAAACACCUACAGGAUGCCCUGAAAUCUGUUCAGCAUGACACAAUGGUGGAUGUUCAAUGUUUGCUAGGAACACAUGUUCAUGAUCUCUUGCAAGAGGUGACAGCACUGAGAGCCAAGAUCCACGAGAUGAGGGAAAGCUCGAUGAGUAUGGAACAGGACUGCAGGGAGCGGGUGAAAGAGGAGUAUAGGGACCUCAUCAAGAACCUCCUGGAGGCCUCCUCAGUUGUUAAAAAUAAACUAGACGAGUUCAGAAAUGAGUUAUUUGAUGAUGUAUGUGAAAAGAUAGAGGAGACGAGACGAGAAGCAUUGAGAGAAAUGGAUGAAGCCAAGGAAAGGAAAGAUGAUGAUGACUUGCUACAGAGGUACUUAGACAAAUCUGAGAAGCUGAGAGAUCAUGAGAACACUAACUAUAACCUUAGUCUGGUGGUGAAUAAAAUGAAAGUGGUACAGAAAUGGCGACAACAGAGUCUUCUCACCAAAGUCCAACAGUCGAUGGCUAAUCUGAAGAAGCAGGCAGAGAUCAGUCAAAAGGAGAAGACCCAAGCAGACAUGUUGUAUGAGCAGGAGAGGAUCUCACUGCAUCAACAGCUAGACCAAAUCAAAGAGGCUCUAAAGGUAGCUGAGAAGGAAUGUCACAACAUCAGGCAGAAACUGGAGAAAGAGCUGAAGGAGAAACAGGAGAAGACCCAUGAGGCCCAGCAGAGAGCUCGUAGUCAGAAACAGCUGGAGCUGGCAAAACAGGCUAACAUAGAGAAGCUGGAAGUGGAACUGAAGGACAGAGACACCCGCCUGCGAAUUUUGUCAGAUGAACAGGAGAAGGUAAUCCGUAUGCAGCACAUGCACCAGGAUAAAAUCCGCAAGGACAUUGACACGGUCAAAAAACAACUGAACCAUGAAAGGACAUUAAAACUGGAUGCUUUUACACGGGUGGAUGACCUGCAAACUCAGGUGUACGACUUGGAGAGCUGUUACAUCAGCAGAGCUCAGUCCUCCAUGGCCAUGUCCCCAGCUCCUUCCAAGGGAAGAUCUCGAAUUCAGUCAGCCCAGCGGACCAGGAGUCACAACACCCCAACAGCUAACUGGCCACCCCCUGUUAUGUGGCCAGCCAACCGGAGCCUGACCCCAGGGGCACCAGGCGGGCCACCUGUCAGUGAGGAGUUGAACAAUCUGGAUGAGAGGAAGAUCCAGAGACCUAAAACUGUCUGCGGGAAACUUAGACAUUCAAUAACAGAGCAGGUUGGUGGAAGAUUAAGGAGUCGAAUUGCUGAACAGUUACUGAAUGAACUAGAACUAGAUUCCCACAGAGCUGUGGUCCAGUUAGAGGAAUUACAACUAGAGAACAGACCAGGGUCAGGGCGGCGGGAGACAGCUUACUGAUCCGAACACACACAGCAUGGCUUUAUUCAUCAAGUUGCCGUCUGACGAUAAAAAAGGACACUUUUGACUAAUGACAAAUUUACCAACAACUGGGUGAUAUGAUAGCCAUUUAAAAUAACAAAAACAUCUAUUUUUUGCAAAUUUGCAUUUAUUUUGAAGAGAUUUAAUUGUUAUGAUGUAUGCAUGUUCAGCUUUUUUGUAAAACAUGUAAUUGUGUAAAAGUUGAAUUAUUUAUGGUAUUAAUAAUGCAUCUGACUGCAUCUGAAAUAAACAAUCACUAUUUAAACGAUAUCCUGUGUCAUCCUGUGGAGAAACUUCUGUAUUAGUAAACAUGUUCUAUUGUUUAUACAUUGUAUUUAUAAAUAUGAAAUAACUGACUGUGAUAAUUAAUAUCAGUGAUGUCCAACUUUCCACUUGUGACUGAUUUGAGACACAUUUAUUUUCAUAAAAGCUGUCAUUGAUAUUGUUUAUUAAGCAUGUGAUAUCUUCGUUAUUUUUACAGUGAAGCAUGAAGUUAUUUAUAUAUUUAGCCCGUUGCAAUGAAGUUGAACUCGGCUAUUGGUUUUUUUUUAAAGUAGAAAGGGUUUUUAUUUUAUUGCGCAGUGUUUCAAACGUAAAUUGAACUUUAGCUGGUCACACAUUCAUGUGUAUAUAUAUGAUUUAAGUUCAUGUGUUUGAUUAAGAUACUGCUGAUGUAAUCUUUUUGUAAUAUGGCAAAAUAUUGUGACUGUGAAAUCCGUCCAUCUUUUAAUUUUAUAGUAUACAAAUAAAAUAUUUUGUACA